CUCGCCGGGGACCCGGAGGCUCCAGGCCGAGUUUGGGCUGAGCUGUUCCCGGGCUGCCCGCGCGAGCGCUCCUUUCCAGCAUGUUGUGGCGGGGCGGCCAGGCGCUCCGGCGCUUCUCCACCGGCCGGGUUUGUUUCAGAAACAAGCUGAAAGUGGCACUUAUUGGUCAGAGCCUCUUUGGACAGGAGGUCUAUAGUCAUCUCUGCAAAGAGGGCCACAGAGUCGUGGGAGUGUUCACAGUUCCAGACAAAGAUGGAAAAGCUGACCCACUUGCAUUGGCUGCAGAGAAAAAUGGGACCCCUGUGUUCAAGUUCCCUAGAUGGAGAGUCAAGGGCAAGACCAUAAAGGAGGUGGCAGAGGCCUACAGAUCCGUGGGUGCUGAGCUCAAUGUGCUUCCCUUCUGCACACAAUUCAUCCCCAUGGACGUAAUUGACGGCCCAAAGCAUGGUUCCAUCAUUUAUCACCCAUCUAUCCUUCCCAGACACAGAGGAGCUUCUGCUAUCAACUGGACUCUCAUCAUGGGAGACAAGAAAGCUGGGUUUUCUGUUUUCUGGGCUGAUGAUGGUUUAGACACAGGACCCAUCCUUCUCCAGAGGUCGUGUGAUGUGGAGCCCAAUGAUACAGUAGAUGCACUUUAUAAUCGAUUUCUUUUUCCAGAAGGAAUCAAGGCCAUGGUGGAAGCUGUCCAACUCAUAGCUGAUGGUAAAGCUCCUCGUGUUCCCCAGUCAGAAGAAGGAGCAACAUAUGAAGGUAUCCAGAGAAAGGAAAAUGCUGAGAUCUCUUGGGAUCAGUCUGCUGAAGCUUUACAUAACUGGAUCCGAGGUCAUGAUAAAGUCCCUGGAGCUUGGGCAGAGAUAAACGGACAGGUGGUCACUUUCUAUGGCUCAUCAUUGCUGAAUAGCUCCAUCCCUCCUGGAGAACCACUGGAAAUUAAAGGUGCUGAGAAGCCUGGUCUUGUUACCAAAAAUGGACUUGUUCUUUUCGGUAACGACGGAAAAGCACUGAUGGUGAGAAAUCUGCAGUUUGAAGAUGGAAGAAUGAUUCCUGCCUCUCAGUACUUUUCAUCGGGUGAGAUGUCAGUGGUGGAACUCACAGCUGAAGAGGUGAAGGUGGCGGAGACCAUCAAGGUCAUCUGGGCUGGGAUUUUAAGCAAUGUCCCUGCUAUUGAAGAUUCAACAGACUUCUUUAAAUCUGGAGCAAGCUCAAUGGAUGUUGCCAGACUGGUUGAAGAGAUAAGACAGAAGUGUGGAGGGCUUCAGUUACAGAAUGAGGAUGUUUACAUGGCCACCAAAUUUGAAGACUUCAUCCAAAAAGUCGUGAGGAAACUCAGAGGAGAGGAUCAGGAAGCAGAGCUCGUGGUGGAUUAUGUUUCAAAGGAAAUCAAUGACAUGACAGUAAAAAUGCCAUAUCAGUGUUUCAUAAAUGGACAGUUCACAGAUGCUGAAGAUGGAAAGACUUACGAUACUAUCAACCCAACAGAUGGAUCUACGAUAUGCAAAGUAUCCUAUGCCUCUUUGGUGGAUGUUGAUAAAGCAGUAGCCGCAGCGAAAGAUGCUUUUGAAAACGGUGAAUGGGGCAGAAUGAAUGCACGAGACAGAGGAAGACUGAUGUAUCGACUUGCAGACCUAAUGGAAGAAAAACAAGAAGAACUGGCAACCAUCGAAGCCCUUGAUUCAGGGGCUGUCUACACCUUGGCUCUGAAGACUCAUAUUGGAAUGUCUGUGCAAACAUUCAGAUAUUUUGCUGGCUGGUGUGACAAAAUUCAGGGCUCUACAAUUCCCAUCAACCAGGCCCGUCCAAAUCGCAAUCUGACCUUUACCAAGAAGGAGCCACUUGGAGUCUGUGCCAUUAUAAUCCCCUGGAAUUACCCGCUGAUGAUGCUGGCAUGGAAGAGUGCUGCGUGUCUGGCAGCAGGCAACACCUUAGUGCUCAAGCCGGCUCAGGUCACGCCCUUGACUGCUUUGAAGUUUGCUGAGCUCUCUGUCAAAGCAGGCUUUCCGAAGGGGGUAAUCAACAUCAUUCCAGGCUCAGGCGGCGUAGCGGGACAGCGCCUUUCGGAGCACCCUGAUAUCCGCAAACUUGGUUUCACUGGUUCCACUCUGAUUGGCAAACAGAUCAUGAAGAGCUGUGCUGUGAGCAACUUGAAGAAAGUUUCCCUUGAACUUGGUGGAAAAUCCCCACUUAUAAUAUUCAGUGACUGUGAACUUGACAAGGCUGUGCGAAUGGGCAUGGGGGCAGUAUUUUUCAACAAAGGAGAAAACUGUAUUGCAGCUGGUCGGCUGUUUGUGGAAGAAUCCAUCCACGAUGAAUUUGUGACAAGGGUGGUGGAAGAAAUUAAAAAGAUGAAAAUUGGUGACCCACUGGACAGAUCUACGGAUCAUGGGCCCCAAAAUCAUAAGGCCCAUCUGGAAAAGCUUCUGCAGUACUGUGAGGCUGGGGUGAAAGAGGGGGCCACCCUGGUGUAUGGAGGAAGAAAAGUCCAAAGGCCAGGCUUUUUUAUGGAACCUACUGUCUUCACAGAUGUGGAAGACCACAUGUAUCUUGCCAAAGAGGAAUCCUUUGGGCCUAUUAUGGUCAUUUCUAAAUUCCAAAAUGGGGACAUCGAUGGAGUGUUGCAGCGAGCAAAUAAUACAGAAUACGGCUUGGCCUCAGGAGUUUUUACAAGAGACAUAAAUAAAGCCAUGUAUGUGAGUGAAAAACUAGAAGCAGGAACUGUUUUUAUUAACACCUACAACAAGACGGAUGUGGCUGCUCCUUUCGGUGGAUUUAAGCAGUCUGGGUUUGGAAAAGACUUAGGCGAGGAAGCUCUAAAUGAAUACCUCAAAACCAAGUCUGUGACGUUGGAAUACUAGAGCAGUGCCUCCUCGCAGGCCCACCGCUCUUCAGCUCUCCACUGAAGCAGCCUGGCUGUGCCGGGACAGAGGUGUCAGCCGCCAGCCGAGAGACACGCACGUGGACCAUGAGGAGGGUGGGGCCACGUGUCUAAGCAUUUACUCCUGUGCCUGGGCAUUUUCUAAUACCCCUUUUAUACCCUAAAAUGAUUUGUCGUUGUUGGGUUUUGACUAUGUUGUAUACCACACAUAUUUCUAAAAUAUUGAGGUACAUGUUUUUCCCCACCAAGACUAAUCCUAAUCAUGGUUGUUCGUUUUGCAAACAUCAAUAUGAUGCAGUUAUAGUACAGAAAGUUGGGAACCCUUGUAUAAUAGGUAAGGUUUUAACCUCUGAACCAGGCAUGCGGGGGUUAUGAAAAGAUUUUCUGUAAUUUUUUAAAUAUAUUUUUUGAUUGGAGGAUAAUUGCCAUACAAUAUAGUAUUGGUUUCUGCCAUAGAAAAGGCCCAUCAGCCAUAAUUAUACCUAUAUCACCUCCCUCUUGAGCCUCCCUCCCCUUCCCUCAUCCCACCCAUCUAGGUUAUCACAGAGCAGCAAGCUGGGCCCCUGUGCUACAUACCAACUUCUCACCAGCUAUCUAUUUCACAAAUGGUAGCGUAUGCAUGUCAAGACUACUUUCACCAUCUGCCCCAUUCUUUCUUCCCCUAUAAUUUUGCUCUCAAGAAACAGUAUAUCCCUCAAAGAAAGUGAAGGACAUUCUUUUAUUGUCCUUCAUCUUUAUGUCCAUACAUCUUUAUGCCUGUGAUGUUCUAUUUUUCAACCCACUGUGAUAAGUGACCAGCUCAUAAACAGUUCUUGAAUACCUACUAAGUACGAGGUGCUAUAUUAUGUCCUGAGGAGUACACAAAAUUUAAUGACAUGAUCUUUGACCCCAAAUAGUUGAAAUUCUCAUCAACAGCUUUUAAAGUGAAUUUUACAGUAUGACAUAUUAUAAAGUAAGUAACUUUUGGAGGCUGAUCUUGGUUCAUAUCAUACCAUCUUACUAUCUAUGUGACUGGGGGAAACUGAUGCAAUUUCUCCAAGCCUCAGUUUCCUUGUAUGUAAAAUGUGGACAGUAAUGCCUCCCUCAGGAACCUUAUGAUGAGGUGAGGAUUCAAUGCAAUAAUCUUAGUAAAGCAGAUUGCACUGGGCUUUGUUCAUGGUAAAUACUCAAUAAAGGGCAGAUUUGUUACCUAAUAUAUUAAUAUAAAGCUGAGAUGUGGAAUCUAUAAAAUAGGGAUAAAGUUCCUAUCUCAUUAGGUGUUGUAAGGGUUCAAUGGGAUUAUAUACAUAAUGCAGUCAACAGGUGUCUAGAUCAUUCUCUGUGCUCAAGAAAGAGGCAUCAUUACAACUCAUGAAGCACUUCAUAAUUGCCUGUUGUCAGACAAAAAUAUGUGGGUAAAUAGUUUAGGUAUGACUAGCAGAAGGUGAGAUCCUAACUUGAGUCUCUAGAAGUUUGUCAGAGCAAUUAAUUUCCAUUAAUUCUCUUUUUAAAGUAAAAUUUCAAUAAACAUUCCUAUCUCUCUGGCUUUGAAGAAGCCCUUAGGGAUUACUUACUACUUUGGAAACUCAGCAGUUUAACCAAGAAGAGUGUAGGGAAUUGUUAAUCAAUAAACAACAAUAACAAAAGUCAGGGGCAGAAAACAUUCAAAAGGAAGAAUAUCAGGUAUGAUCCUGGCAUGAUCAAUAGAGCCAAUUUUGCCUGUAAGCAAGUUGGCACAGGUAAAAUUCUAAAUUUGGACCCAACAGGUUCCAAACUGACAUUUCAUAUUUGAAUAAAAUGACAAAACUCUUAUUAUAAAGGAA